CAGACAUAUUUCCCUAUCUCGACAAAACGUGAACAGCGUGAGAAUGGUAGAACGUUCAUACACUUGUCGUGCCGUAUUGCGGCAAUGUCCUGUCAGCCAGCACAUAGAUGCGCACCCCGGAUUGAAAGCGUGGGCGCGCUCUCACCAACCACAAUAUCUGAGAGAGAAGGCUGAACGUUUUGGCCCCAUAAAGGGGCAUUGCUCCGGCCGUUCCCGCAAGUACGUACACGUUGUACGACAUGUAACAAUAUCCAAACAUAAACCUUUCUCUACCCCCACAAUAUUCUCUAUAGAUCAUAAACGUUGGCAGUGUAGACCCCUUUUCAGCCUCGACCCCUCUCAGCAUUCCGAAACGUUAACACACAUCCAAAAUCAAAUCUGUCAUCCUCCUAAGAACUACCCGUCUCUAGCGAAGAGCGCCGUUCGGGCAUCGGAGAAUAUUUAUUUAGCUUUGGCUUUGAAGGAUUUGUGGUUCCUGCGUCUUGCGAACGCCGUUGCCGACACAGUGACUUUGUGGAUGCUUCCUAUACCGACGCCAAAUCUCACCAGAUUCUCCACCAUCCUAACCUCUCCCUAAGAUCCGGCGAGGCUGGU